UAUUUGGCGUUUGAUAUUAAUCACCACAUAAAGUCUAAAAAAUGAGGUUAUAAUAAUAUAAAAUUGAUUAAUUCCAAUUAACUGAUUUGUUUAAACUGAUUUACGUGCUCGUUACCAACGUAAAAAAACCUCUAUAAUGUAAAUAUGGGAAAAUAGACUACGUUCCAAAUAAAAUUGUAAAUAAACAUAAGUGAGGUUAUGUAACUUCGAAUAAUGUGCCGGAAUUUGCAAUGUUUUUAAUAAAGAUGAACCGACUGACGAACAUUUUACGCAACAGUGGAUACAACAUACUCCGGGGGCGAUUUCACACAACCCCCCGACUGUCUCAAAACUCAAACGAAGCCCAGAAGAAACGCAUCCGAUCAACCUUAUACUAUGUAACCGCAGCUGGUGUCGUAACAGCAGGCCUAAGCUACGCAGCUGUGCCCCUUUAUCGGCUAUUUUGUCAAGCUUAUAGUUAUGGGGGCACAACCCAAGCAGGUCACGACGCCAAUAAAGUUGAGACAAUGCCAUCGAUAAAACACCGCUUGUUAAAAAUCAAAUUUAAUGCCGACACUGCCGCCAGCAUGCGAUGGAAUUUCCAUCCGCAACAAACGGAAAUUACGGUACAUCCAGGCGAGACAGCUCUUGCCUUUUACACCGCCAAAAAUCCAACCGAUAAACCUGUGAUUGGAAUUAGUACUUAUAAUGUAGUGCCCUUUGAAGCGGGACAGUAUUUUAAUAAAAUUCAGUGUUUUUGUUUCGAAGAGCAGCAGUUGAACCCCCAUGAAGAGGUUGACAUGCCUGUAUUUUUUUACAUUGACCCUGAAUUUGUGGACGAUCCUCUGAUGGAAUUUAUUGAUGAAAUAACUCUGUCGUACACAUUUUUCGAGGCAAAGGAAGGACUACAACUACCUGUACCAUCAUUUGUUAAAUAAUUUUAAGUUUUAA